AUAAUCAAAAAAUUUCUUUCAAUAUCUUCUUUCUCUCUCUACUCUUCAAUGGCUGACUGAUCUUGAUUAAGUUUUGUAUCAUUAAUAUGAAUCAAACCCACCCAGUAAAGUGAAAUCCAAUUUUACUUUGAGUUCAUAAAUGGGUACUAAUCAGAUUUUUCAAUAGUCAAUUUGGGGCUUUUGAUUAUCACUUUCUCUCUCUAGAAAGGCCAUGUUUCUUAGAGGUUUGUAAAGCUAUCAUCAACAAAAAAAACAUCAAUCUUAAUUGAUUCAAGCUUGGGUUAAGAUGGAUGAUAAUGCACAUAGAGAAAAUGGAAGGCCGAAACAGUUACCAAAUCAGUGGUUGAUGCAGCAUCAGCCAUCAAUGAAACAAAUAAUGGCAAUCAUGGCUGAAAGAGACGCAGCCAUUCAAGAGAGAAACCUAGCUCUAUCCGAGAAGAAAAUCGCGUUAACCGAACGUGACAUGGCUAUCCUACAAAGAGAUUCAUCGAUUGCCGAGCGCAACAACGCGAUCAUGGAACGCGACAACGCGAUCGCAGCUCUUCACUACCGCGAAACCAAUCCAACCGUAAAACACAAUCCCCAUCAUCAUCAUCAUCGCCAACAGAUCGAACAACAAUACGAGGAACCGCCUAAAGAAGAAGAACCGCCGACUUCUAAACCUAGAGGAAACAAUAAACGAGCAAAGGACAUCUCCACAGCCGAUCAACCAAACAAGAAACCAAAACCAAAACCAAAACCAUCGUCGCGAAAGGUGAAGACAGUUUUCGCUAACAAACCGGAUUGGAAGGAACAGGAUUUGGGAUUGAACCAGGUCCCGUAUGACGAUACGACUAUGUCUGUCCCUGGUUGUUCUUGUACGGGAGUAUUAAGGCCUUGUUAUAAGUGGGGAAGUGGAGGAUGGCAAUCUUCGUGUUGUACAAUGACAAUGUCUAUGUAUCCAUUGCCAAAUGUGCCAAACAAGAGGCAUGCUCGAGUGGGCGGUCGUAAGAUGAGCGGUAGUGUUUUCUCGAAGUUGCUUAGUCGGCUUGCAGCCGAAGGAUUUGAUUUGUCGAAUCCCGUUGAUUUGAAGGAACAUUGGGCUAAGCAUGGGACUAAUCGAUAUAUUACUAUAAAGUAGGGGAAAAACAGACAAAUAAGGUUGUUUUUUCGAUGGUGGGUGGAUGGAGGAAGAGUAAACUUCCUCCAACUAUUAAUAUACUUUGUUUGUUUCGUAUUUAUGUGACAUUGUAUUCUUACUUAGUUUUAAUGAUAUUUUUUUUUGUUA